AUGGUCACAACAUUUUCCUCGCCCGUGCUCUCUGUAGCCGUCGACGCCGUACGCGACCUCGAGGGCAAGGACGCACUGGGUGGUCUAUGGACCUUGUUCACGAAAUGCAAAGAGUCGCUGCAGGACGGACGCCGGCUGGAGAACAUCUCCUGGCGACUAUGGCACCGCGAACUCGCUGCUGGUGCCCACCAUCACGCCGACAGCCCGGGCUGCGUGACCCCAGACAGGAACGCCGCGUCCACCGCCGCGCCGCUCUCGCCGAUCUCUGAUUACGGCCGUGGCUCCUCUCAGGACUUUGACCACCAGCGUCUACGCUCGCCUUCGCCUGCUCUUUCUGUACAGUCGGCGAUAUCUGGGGCAUCUAGCCGUCCGUGUAGCGUUCGCUCCAAUUCGUCGUCUUCUAUUGGCAGGAUCAUCGUCGAUAUGCUACCUGAGAACAAGAUCGAUACGACGCCACCGUCUCGUCGGCCCUCGGUAUCCGGACCUCCCGAGCCAGUCUCUUUCAGGGUUGCAUCGUCUUCACUCCCGACGCCAGAAGCAGAGACUAUCGAGCCGUUCCCGACUGUCGUUCUGCCUCCUGUAUCUUCUCAUGCUGGCUCUACGGUGCCCAACGCAUUUCCUCGCGUCGUGAUCGUCAAUCCGACACCCCAUCCGACGCCUCCCGCGACUCCAGCACCUGGCCCCGCAGCACUGGUAGCGCCUCAUCCGCUGCCCCAUACGCAUCUGCUGCCGCCUCCACGGCUCCUGUCCGUCUCGCAGACUCGCUCGACAGCUACUGCGCAAGUCACCGAGCCGCAGGAGGCGGUGAAGCAGGCCGCACUCAUUCCGGCGCCGCAGCCGAUGCCUGCGUUAUCCGCGCCAGUUCCGGCCCCGGCGAAGAGCAGCGCUGCAGAAGGAAAAGCAGUUGAUCGCCGCUUCUUCCUCGAACAGAGUCCGGACAACCAGAGCGCUUCUUCUCAGGCGUCCUCAUCACCCGCUAGGAGCGGUCCAUCCGGCCGUGCACCCUCAGCCGAAGGAGCAGCGAGGUCUCCGUCUAUCGUGUCCGCACGCUCGCCAUCAUCUGAGGCUGGUAGUCCCCGUGGGGCUGAUCCGAGCAGCGUGAACUCGAAUCAGACUCACGCUAGCGCCACAUCGCGUCGGAAUGGCCAACAUCGCUCGCAUCAGCCUCGCCACAACAUGACACGGGCGCGUUUCAGCCAGCGUAUGCACCCAUUGGUCCAGCGUAAGGCGGCGGGUACGGAAGCUCAGCACAAGGCGGGCUCGAAGGGCAUGUUCGACGUCGGUUCGCUAGGCAGCGACGUCUCGCGCGCCACUUCGGGCAGUCAACGACGCCCCUCAGACAGCAUCGGCAAGGCUUCUCCGUCACCUGCUGCUUCCUCUGCUCUCGCGCCCCAGCCUAAUGGCAAAGCUCGUGCGGCCGCCGAAGUUCGCCCGGUCGAGCCGCGGAAACCCACCGCCCCAGCUCGGCCGCCUCUACUGCGGGCACAAACGGGUCCUGCACACACGAGUAGCCGCGUGACCACACCAGCACCCCCACCGCUGGCCAAGGCGCCGUCUGUCACCGCAACGAAGUCGGCGCUCAAGCAACCCUCUACGUCGAAACAGCCCGCGGCUGAACCACCAAGACGGAAAGUCGUCGUCGCGUCCUCGGACGAGUAUGAGACAACGGAGGGCAGUGACAGCGAGAGCGAAGAUGGUUCUACGUCGGAUUGGGAGGAUGACGAGGAAGAGCAGCCGAAGAACAAGGCAGACGAGGCGCGCCUCCGUGCAGCGGCGCGCGAAGCUCAGCGCCAGCGCGAGUUAUUCGACAAGCUCCCUAAACGAUCAUACUCGAAUCUCAAUCGGACGCAGUCUGGUUUGCUUUCUCAGCUGUUGAACCCGGAUCCUGCCGUGUUACCACCCAAUCACCCACUACGGUCGACGUCCACGGCCAACCUCCAGCGCGGGUUUGUACCGGCACCAAUGCUCUCGACUAGUCAGAGCAUGGCGGCGAUACCGCAACUCAGCAACAUCACCGCCCAAGCGCCACAGCCACGCGUUGACAAUCACUACCGCCCGAGGGGUCGUCCCGCCGAGCAGGAGCUCGAAGACGAUUCAUCUGACGAUGAGGACGAAUGUCUUUCGCGUAGUCUCGCUCAGCAGAAGCUUGCGGAACUCACCGACCCAAAUCGUCGCCGACGCCGAUCAGAUCAAGAUCAGGAGCCGCCUCGCAGAACUUCGCCCGAACGCUCGACGCUAACGAGCGUUGCGACCGCGCCCAUACCGCUCAACCAUCCUUGGAAUCUACCGGCACCCGCACCUCCCAUGACCCCGCGCACGACUCGGCGACAAAUGCUCAGCACGGAGUUGAGCGAGUCGCUUCGUCGUAACCUGCUGUGGGAACGGCAGGUCAGCAAGACCAACUUGCUGCGCGGCGGCCUCAAACCGCUCACGCAGACUCAUCCCGAGCCGAAGCAGCCUCCAGUGGAGACGGAGGAGCAACGGCGGGAGCGUGAGCGCAAGGAGCGCAAUAAGGCCGCAAUAGCGAGGCAUCGCUCGUGGGCCGACGAUUAUCACUACGCAGGGUGGUAG